AGGCCACAAUCCCCAGAGUAGGAAGCAAGCUGCAGGGCCACAGACCAUCAGAACUAAAGGUCUGCAGGGGAAGUUGCAGGCAGGGCUGGCCACUGCAGUUCCCAGGCUCCAACCUCCCGCAAUGCUUCCUGUGGCUUCUGGCACUAGGGGUAGCACCCAGGAUCUGUUCCAGGUUGGCCUAGCACCUCCAGGUCCUGAAGACUACCUUGAGGUCAGCAUUCCAACAGACUCAAGAGCCAAAUAUCCUGAGGACACAAGUGGACAGAAGGGAACUGACGACCUAGCAGCUUUGAGAUCAUCUGUGCCUCGGGUACUAGUGCUUCCUGGGGAAAUUCCAUGUGAGAAACCUGGUGAGAUAUUCAUUCUGUUGAAAGAUGAACUAAUUGGCGAAAUUCUAGAGGUUGAAUUUAUAUCAACCAGCAAGCGCCUCAGAACACGUCCAGCACGUUGGAGUAAGAGUGUCUGGCGUAUGAAAGCUGCAGAUUUUCCAGCUGGCUCCGUCACUGUCAAUAUCCACUGUGAUGGAAUCAUCAAAGCCACAACAGAGAUUAAAUACUGUUCAGCAGCAAAAGCAACAGAAAGUCCAUUUAGAGUGUCAGACCCGGGCGAGAGUUUGUGCCAGAAAAGCAUCGAAGAACUUGAUAAUGUUCUUGCAUCUAUAUUCAAGCGUGAGAUACCAUAUUAUGAAUUCAAACAUCUCCAAGCUGAAACUUACCCUCAAAAGGAACGUACUCACACCACAGAACUCCCAACACUUCUUCACUGUGCCGCAAAAUUUGGCUUAAAGAAUCUGGCUCUUCAUCUGCUGCAGUGUUCAGGAGCAAUGAGGGCAGCUAGAAUGAAGGCUGCGGAUGGUUCAGACCUGCUGUAUAUUGCUGAAAGGCAUGGUCAUGAAGAACUCAAGGAAGUCUUUGAAGACUUUCUCAGCCAAAACACUGGCAGAAAUAGCGAGCAAGAAAAUGACUAUGAAGAAGAUGUAAUCUCAUUUUCCACAUAUUCACCCUCCAUGCCGUCUCCAGCAUCCCAUCAUGAACUCAGGAAGACACACAGGCGGAGCACAGACAGAUCUGAGAAGCCUGAAAGGUCUAUGGAGAUGAAGGAAGAAGAAGCAAGCGCUGAGGCAAGACCCAGCCUGUCAGAGGGCGACAGGGAAAGCUCCGAGAUCCAGUAUGACGAUCUGUAUGUGUUCAUCCCUGGGUUUGACACCGCAGGCAACUCUGAAGAGCCUCUCCCACACUGCAGGCCACCUCUGCUGCCACCACGACCAGGCACUGCUGCCUCCCAACUAGAAAGACCUCACUUUACCUCACAAGGAAAAGUACUGGAAGACCAAAUGGAAAGAAGUCAAAACUGGAAUGAUCUCAACGCAAGACCAGAGACAAGAGAGGAAUCCAGCAGAGAAGAAAAGAAAGAAGCAGCCCAGGAGGAGGAGGAGGAGGAGGAAGAAGAAAACCCAUAUGCAUUUGCAGAGACUGAAGACAAUGAGUAUGACCUGAUACUGGCCAGUAAGAGUGUCAAGAAAAGAACUGGAAAUCGGUCCUUCAUUAUAAACAGACCACCGGCUCCCACACCCCGGCCCACGCACACCCCUCCCAAAGAAGAAACCACACCUUACAUAGCUCAAGUGUUCCAACAAAAGGCAGCCAGAAGACAAUCUGAUGGUGAUAAGUUCUACAGUCUCCCUAAGAAACCCGACAAAACUCGAAUGGAGGGCCCAACUUUCCCUAGUACAAGGGAUUAUCUGACUACUGGGCAGGAAGAACUGAUUCUCCUGCAGGAGAGAGUCAAGAAUGGGAAAAUGUCUGUGGAUGAAGCUCUAGAGAAAUUUAAACAUUGGCAGAUGGGAAAGAGUGGUCUGGAAAUGAUUCAGCAGGAAAAGCUACGGCAACUACGAGACAACAUUAUUGGGAAAAGGCCAGAGGAUGAAAAUGCCUACGAUAAACUGACCAUUGUGCACCAUCCGAGUGGUAUUACUGCCCACAAUGAAAAUAUGUUGUACAACAGUCCAUUCAACAGUAAGUUUCCUGCUCGAGUCCAAGUUGAAAAGGAAUUUGGUUUCUGCUGCAAAAAAGAUCAUUAAAAAAGACUAUUAUAAUCAAACUCAAGAAUCUGCAAACAUGUUGUGCCUCAGUGAAGCAAGCCUGCUUCUGGAAUACCUGGUCUCCAGGGCUAAUCUGCAUGGACACAGGACACAAGUGUGCCUUUGGAUUUCAAAGUGUGUUAGCACCACAAUUUAUUGGUACUGUACCACUUCAGAUGGAUACAACAAAAGAUGGACACUUAUAGCAUUCUCUGAAAAUCCAUUCAUUUUUACAAUUUUUGCCACCACAGCACCUCAUUCUCCCAUCUUGAAAAUUAAAGAAAAAAAAAUCAGCAAAGUUAAAUACAGACUAGCAAAAUUAUGGAACCAAACUAUAUAGGUUAUUCUUCCUCUCCUUCAACUAAGAACGUUUUAAAUAUUUGCUCUUUAAAUGACCAUCUUCUGUCUGCUUUUCUCACAUUCAGAGCCAUAAUGUUCUUGUGAUAUCAUGUUUUCAGAUAGCUUCUUUUAUUUAGUGCCUAUUUGCAUGUACCUUUGAAAUGUACUUUUAUACGCAGUUUUUGUUAGUUGAUGGUGUUCUGUGUUUGGUUGAUAAGCAAGCACUCUGCCAGUGAACAAGUCUUCAGCCCUCUACACUGAUUCCUGCAGUCAUGUUAAUUCUAUCAAUUAACGAUGUGCACAGUAAUAUUUCAGAACAUGGAUGCCUCGCACAUUGCCUGUGCUCAUCCUCUGCUCUUCUGGAAGGUAUUUCCCCAUGCUUCCCUGUCCCCAAGGCCUUACUAAAUGUCUUUCUCUCAAAUUAAAAAGUACUUUUGCAAA